AUGGCUCCCUCGACUCCCUCUUCACACCGUCCCCGCAAAAAGCGGACAAUCGCUACUCCUCCAGGCUCAAACAACAGCCUGAUCAUUCAUACAAGCGAUACACAGCAACUUCCUGCAUUUCCUCUGGUCUCCUUCUUGUGGGCAGCUCGUGCAGGUGUUUCUCAAUGGCUGAUCCUGCCUCUGACGCUCAUGGUUGUCGGCCUCUUCCGGUGGGCUGUCAGUCUUUGGGGAUACUCUGGGCAUAAUGUCCCUCCGAUGUACGGCGACUUUGAAGCGCAGAGGCACUGGAUGGAGAUCACGUCGCAUUUGCCAAUGGCUAAUUGGUACCUCUACGAUCUCCAAUAUUGGGGUCUGGACUAUCCUCCCUUGACAGCUUACCACAGCUGGCUUUGCGGCAAGAUUGGUGCAAUUUUUGACCCUUCGUGGUUCGCCUUGGACACCUCGCGGGGAAUUGAAGGGCCCGAUUUGAAGAUAUACAUGCGAGCAACUGUCUUCGUCUCAGAAUAUCUCGUCUUCAUUCCAGCUGUCGUCACUUUCCUUCGCCGGUAUACCCGCAUGCAUGGCGUCCACGCAUGGUCUGCCUCGAUUGCGCUUGUUGCUAUUCUUCUCCAGCCGGCGACCAUCUUGAUAGACCAUGGUCAUUUCCAGUUUAAUACAGUUAUGCUGGGUCUGGUGGUCGCCAGCUUGGAUGCUAUUCUUGCCGGUCGUAUGCUCUGGGCUUGUAUUUUCUUUGUUGGAGCCCUGGGCUUCAAGCAAAUGGCUCUGUACUACGCCCCAGUCAUGUUCGCCUAUUUACUAGGCGUCUGUGUCUUUCCGCGCAUUCACGUCUUCCGACUACUCAAUAUUGCGCUUGUCACCCUCGCAGCAUUUGCUUUGCUUCUCACUCCUCUACUAUACGGGGCGACCAGCUCUCAGGCACGCGAGUUGUUUGCCUCGUCACCUGAGCCUCCGCUUUUGCAGGCACUGUCCUUAUCUCUGGAUAAGAAGUCACUGGCCUACGCUCUGCUUUUUCAAUGCACACAGGUCGUUCACCGCAUUUUUCCUUUCGCUCGGGGACUCUUCGAGGACAAGGUUGCCAACGCUUGGUGUGCCAUACAUACAUUCUAUAAGCUCCAUCGCUUUGAUGCUUCCUUACUGCAGAGAGCAUCCUUGGGUGCCACUCUGGCUUCUAUCCUUGUACCCUGUGUGGUCAUCUUUCGCCACCCCCGAGCAUCCUUACUCCUUCCUGCCAUGUCCUGUGUUGCCUGGGGCUUCUUCCUCUUCUCCUUCCAGGUACAUGAGAAGAGCGUUCUGCUGCCUCUUCUCCCCAUGACACUCUCUCUGGCAAGCGAUGGUGGACUCAGCAAACAAAAUCGCGCCUGGAUCGGUUGGGCGAACAUUCUCGGCUGCUGGACCAUGUACCCGCUGCUAAAUCGGGAAGAGCUGCGCAUGCCUUACGUUGUGAUGACCCUCCUCUGGGCUUACCUACUGGGACUUCCCCCGACUUCUUUUGAGAUCUUACGCAGCCGGACCUCUUCUGACAUCAAGCCUCUUGAGCCUCAUCUGCUGAGCAAGCUUAUCCACCUGGCGUUCUAUGCGGUCAUGAUUGGCUGGCAUGUCAUCGAAGCGCUCGUGCCUCCUCCUGACGGCAAGCCUGAUUUAUGGGUAGUCCUCAAUGCGUUGAUUGGCGCAGCAGGCUUCGGACUCGCGUAUCUGUGGUGCAUGUGGAAGCUAAUCGCCCAGUGUCGUCAAAUCGAAGCAUGCGUGGCAGAUGACGAUAACCGGAAAAAGAAGCAGUGA